UGGGCCAAGCCUUGGGGGCCCCAGGAACAAGCUCAGGACACAGCAUGAUGGACACCUUGGCUGUCGCCCUGCGGGUGGCUGAAGAGGCCAUCGAGGAGGCGAUUUCCAAAGCAGAAGCCUACGGGGACAGUCUGGACAAGCAGAACGAGGCCAGCUACCUGCGGGACCACAAGGAAGAGUUGACCGAGGAACUGGCCACAACUAUCCUGCAGAAGAUCAUAAGGAAACAGAAGAGCAAAGGCGAGCAGCAAAUGGAAGAAGAGCCAGAGUGGUUGCAGCCCCAGAGCUGCAUGGCCAAGGCAGCUGACCGGGGGACCGCCACACCCCCAGGAGGCCCCCGAGCUCCCUGCACCCUCUGGCAGUCCCAGUCUGCAUUCUCACUCCCCAGAGAGGACGCCCUGAAGCCCCCUUCCCUGGAGGCUGUGUCGAGACUGCGGAGGAGCCAGGCCCAGCCACUGCGGGAGGAGGCAACCUUGCCCAGCUGGAAGAGCACGGACAGGCUGGACGAGACAAACCUGGCCGAGGUUUUGCAGAGCCCCGAUGGGAACUGGGUGGCCCUGAAGGAUGGUACUCUGCUGCCCACCCGCCUGCUGGCCAAACCUAAGAGUGGCACGUUCCAGGUCCUGGAGGCAGCCUCCAGCGUGGCCUCUGCCUACGACGAGAUGGGCUCUGACAGCGAGGAGGACUUUGACUGGAGUGAGGCCUUGAGUACACUGUGCCCACGGACCCGAGGCCAGCCCAGGAACCCCCAGCCUCAGCCCACACAGGCCCAGAGCUUGCACCAAGGCCCAUCAGCCGCCAACUCUGGGCUCUCUCCGAACCCCGAGGCCAUGUGUUCCGACUCAGAGACCUCCUCUGCAGGCUCUUGCCGGGAAGCUGGGCGCCGGGCAAGACUGUCCUGGCUGCUGAGGAAGGCCCCCAGGGACCCCACAGCAGAGAAGCUGCGCUUGCAGGGAGAACUGGACGUGAACUUCAACCCCCAGGCCCCCAGCAGGGAGACCUCAGACAGCAGCGAGCCUGAAGAGGCCCCCUACGCCAUGGACCGGAAGACCAGGAAGUGGAGAAGGGCCCGCGUGGGCUCCGAGGAGCCAAGUGAGGAAUUGUCUUCUCCCAACGCCCAUUCCCAGGGGCUGGACAUACAACAGGUGUCGGGUGAUUUGUCAGAGACUGACCUCAGUAAUGAACCUCAGCACCCUCGGACCAGCGUGGCCACCACCGAGGAGAAACUGAGAAACAGGCUGUAUGAGUUAGCAAUGAAAAUGAGUGAGAAGGAGACGUCUUCGGGAGAAGAUCAGGAGUCAGAGCCCAAGAUGGAGUCUGAGAACCACAAGGAAAGUCUGUCCUCUGAAGACAACAGCCAGGGCGUCCAGGAAGAGCUGAAGAAGACCAUGCAUGACUACUCCAGUUCUUCCUCCACUCCACAGCCACAACUGCCCUGCAGUCCCUGA